AACGGUCUGAUUGGACGCUGUAAGUCGCACAAAGGAAAAAGUCAUGCAGUCCCUUUCAGGAAAGCAACAGUUGUAUGUGGAGUGCUACUCCUGCAGCUUUGAUUGAUUUAAGAAGUUUUUAAUUUGUCCGGACGCAUGCUAAUGCCACGGGAUUCCAAUACGAACUUUGCAGUGCUUGCCGGUUUUAUUUCUUUCGACUAACAGGCGAGAAGACACGGGAACAAAAGAUUUGAGGAGAAAUGGAUUUACUUGGGAUGCGUGCCCUUCUCGCGCUAUUGCUGCCGUCCUGCCUGAUGCUGGUGUCGGCGCAGUACCACGGUGAUAAUGGAAUAGCAAUCCCGGACCAUGGUUUCUGUCAGCCGAUUUCCAUUCCGUUAUGCACAGAUAUUGCUUACAAUCAGACCAUCAUGCCCAAUUUGGUUGGGCAUUAUAAUCAAGAGGAUGCUGGUUUGGAGGUGCAUCAGUUUUACCCUUUGGUGAAGGUACAGUGCUCACCAGAUCUUAAAUUUUUCUUGUGUUCUAUGUAUGCUCCAGUUUGUACUGUCUUGGAAAUAGCUAUUCCCCCAUGUCGUUCUAUCUGUGAACGGGCUAAGCAGGGCUGUGAGGCCCUCAUGAAUAAGUUUGGUUUCCAGUGGCCGGAAAGGCUAAGGUGCGAGAACUUCCCUGUCCUAGGAGAUGGGCAUCUUUGUGUGGGACAAAAUGAUUCAGAAAGCGGUGUGCCCACUGUGACCACCCCACCAAUGCAUAUUCCAGCCCCUGCAGGAACGCCUGGGAUUCACAUAUACUCCACACCGGACAGACCUUUCCGUUGCCCAGCAGUGCUGAUGGUGCCCCCUUACUUAAACUAUAAAUUUCUGGGCGAGUCUGACUGCGCUGCCCCAUGCGAGCCUACCAGGAGCGGUGGGGGUCACAUGUUUUUCAAUCAGAAGGAAAUCAAGUUCGCACGGAUAUGGAUUCUGAUAUGGUCCUCGCUCUGCUGUGCCUCAACUCUGUUCACCGUAACAACCUACCUGGUGGACAUGCAGCGUUUCAAGUACCCCGAGAGGCCCAUUAUCUUCAUGUCCGGCUGUUACACCAUGGUUUCCAUAGCGUACAUCGCCGGCUUCAUCUUGGGUGACAAGGUGGUCUGCAACGAGAGUUUCACCCCCAACGGAUACAAAACGGUUGUGCAGGGCACGAAGAAAGAGGGCUGCACCAUUCUGUUCAUGAUGCUCUAUUUCUUCAGCAUGGCCAGCUCCAUAUGGUGGGUCAUACUCUCGCUUACUUGGUUCCUCGCGGCGGGCAUGAAGUGGGGUCACGAGGCCAUCGAGUCCAACUCGCAGUACUUCCAUCUGGCGGCGUGGGCCGUGCCAGCGGUCAAAACCAUCAGCAUCCUCGCCAUGGGUCAGAUAGACGGAGACAUGCUGAGCGGCGUCUGCUUCGUGGGCCUCAACAACCUGGACCCCUUGCGGGGCUUUGUUCUGGCGCCCCUCUUUGUCUACUUGUUCAUCGGCACAUCAUUCCUCCUGGCCGGCUUUGUGUCCCUGUUCCGCAUCCGGACCAUCAUGAAGCACGACGGAACCAAGACGGAGAAGCUGGAAAGGCUGAUGGUGCGGAUCGGCGUCUUCAGCGUCCUGUACACGGUGCCCGCCACCAUCGUCAUCGCCUGCUUCUUCUACGAGCAGGCUUUCCGCGAGCACUGGGAGCGUAGCUGGAUUAGCCAGAACUGCAAAGGGCUGGACUUCCCCUGUCCGAAUCAGUACACUCCGCGCAUGACCCCCGACUUCACCGUUUACAUGAUUAAAUACCUCAACACUCUCAUAGUCGGCAUCACUUCCGGGUUCUGGAUCUGGUCUGGUAAGACCUUGCAGUCGUGGCGUAAGUUCUACACCAGACUUACAAACAGUAAACACGGUGAGACGACGGUGUAGCUUCGCUGGGACAAAUGGCAGCCAUCCGUCUGUGAUAGUCUGCAGAACUUUUAAAGUGAAUUUAGGGGGGAAAGCGCGUGCCACUGGUGGGACUUGCCUAAAGUGUGUGUUUAAACAAAUGUGCAGCUCGUGCACAGAAGCCCUCAGCUCUCCCCACAUUAUUGCCCCUCUGUUUUUAAUUAACCAACAGUAAAAGCUCUCAGAGCCAGAGGCCAGCAGGAGACCGUUAAAAAAAGAGGCUGGGAGGAGACCAAAAGACUGUUUUGUAGGUCUGUUAACUUGUUUUGGGUUGUAAUUAAAUGCACUGUAAAUAGCAUUUGUACAAAACAUACAUGAAUAUAAUUAUAUAUUUGUAUUUAAAGAAGGGAGAUAUACAUUUCCUCCGAUAGCCAUCUAACCUGACAAACGUGUCCUUUUUAACAGAGCCAUUAGGCUUUUAUUAAUGCUGAUUUUGUUACAAGUCAACGAUGCGGCACGGUUGAACUCCCAUCUUUUGGACAGGACCAUUUUUUCCUGAUGUGCAAGAUUAAAAGACAUUUUCUAUGUUUUUCCUGUUUGGCUCUUUCCCCAGAAGAAUUGAAGUCAAAGCAGCAAGCAAAAAGUGCUGCUUCUGAGGCUGUACCAAGGAAUGUGAAUUAUCAUUUUCUUCCAUGGCAAUUUAUUUGGUGUUUCCAGGGAUCAGAAUGCUUCUCUGAUACUUUGGUACGAGAACUAGUGAGAGUCACAGUAAUUAAAGAACAUUUGAUUAUUUUAUCCUUACCAUAAAGUGAUAAUUUAAUAAGGAACUGGUUCUCUGAAUUAAAUACUGGUGUGAAAUAGGCAAUUUUAAUAGGUAAACAUAGUUCAUAUGACAAGAGGAAAUGAAAAUUAAUGGAAGGCACAUACUUUUGGUGAGCCAUUGUUUUUGGGCCACAGUUAUAGGGAUCAGAGAGAACUGUUUGGCUCAGCAAACUUCAAUUUCCAUUACUUACUUAUUACUUAUUUUUGUUUUCUGUUUUUACAUUUACAUCUGGCCUUUGUACAUCCCAUAAUAGACCAUGCCAGUCUGGAAUAGUCUUCCUGUUUAUACCAGUGUCACAAUUUCUGAAAUCCCUUUGUCAUAUUUCCCUGUCUAUGCAUGUAUUCUGUGCCUCAUGCUUAUUUAAAAUGUCCAUGUUAUAUGCUACUGCAAUAUAUUAAAUUUUAAGUGUAGUCACUUG